AUGUACUACGAGAAGGGCUACCAGGCCUUUGACGAGGCCGUGAGUGGUGUUACGGCUAAGCUCAAAGGCGUUGCUUUCUCCAAUCUCACGAAUAGCAAUAUUGGCGCAAUGGUUUGGGAUGCCGCUGACUAUGUCGUCCCUCCUCAACAGCGCUCUGCAUUCUUUGUGAUGACAAACCUUGUUGCAACACCAGGACAAACACUAGGCACUUGUGAGGAGUCUCAUGACAUCACCGGCAACGGCUGCAAAUCUGAUAAGGACUGCGAGGCUGGACGUAUGGUGAUGAUGGGCAGCGGAGUUCAGACUGGGAUAUGUGUUCCUUCAACGCGCAAGGCUAACCUAAGUGUCUGCGAAAUAUAUGGUUGGUGUCCUACAGAGUAUGAUGGUCCUCCAAAUGGUUUUACGUUAACCAAUGCCCCAAAUUUCACUGUUAUGCUCAAAAACAGCAUAGAAUUUCCGCAAUACCAUGUGAAACGACGGAAUAUUUUGGGCUGGAUGGACAAACAUUUCCUAUCAACAUGUCGAUACAAUCCUAACAACGAAAAAUUGAAGUAUUGCCCUAUUUUUCGUCUUGCUGACAUAAUGGAGUACACGGAGGCGGAGAACAAGCAAAUAUGGAACAAAGGAGGAAUGGUAUCAAUUCGCAUUGAGUGGAAUUGCGAUCUGGAUUAUAGCGAAGAGCAAUGCCUUCCGAAGUAUAUAUUUCGUCGGUUAGACGAUUUCGACAGUCCUGUGGGAAAGGGGUGGAAUUUCCGAUUCAGCCAUCACUACAUAGAAAACAAGGUUCGCAAGCGAAACCUCAUUAAAGCAUACGGAAUACAAUUUUUCAUCACAGUCUACGGGAAGGGUGGAAAAUUCCAUUUACUUACAUUCUCCAUGAAUCUUGGAUCGGGACUUGCUCUACUUGGCAUUGCCACAGUACUAUGUGAUGCUAUCGUUUUGAAUGUAACCAAAAAGCGUGAAAUUUAUCGAAACGCUCGCUUAGAUCUUGUGGCACAGGUACAAAAAAAACAAAAGAAAGUCAAAAAUCUUUGCAUCGGGAGACGACCAAACGGGAGCAGAUUAUUACGGUGUGAACGUGGCUUUCCCACGAUCAGCCUCACAACAUGGUUUGAAAAGUAG